GAACGAAUCAUUUAGUUUUGUCAUCCGGUUCAAUCGAUACAUCGUAAGAUCCGACUCCUAAGGUCCAAUACGAAUUCGGUCAUUGCUUGUUAGAAACUGCUGUCUGUGAGAAUGAACGCCGCUAGUCUCAGAGAUUGCAAGGCAUGGAAAUCAGAGGGUUUGCCGCUGUCCACCAGCAGUAAUGAGGCCUGUAAACUAUAUGAUGCUAUACUGUCUCAGUAUGUGACCUGGCGUAAUGAUGAGACACUGGGAGGAAUAGAAGGCUGUAUUACAGCUGUAAAAGCUGCAGACCCGGACUUUGUUAUGGGACAUGUGAUCUCUACUGGGCUGGAGUUGGUGGGCACAGGAAGUUCUGUCUUGCGGGAUGAGAGAUUGGCCAGCGCUGUGAGGAAGACUGUGGAGCUGGCUAACUCUCAGGAGCUCACGUCUAGAGAGAAAAACCAUGUGAAAGCCAUGGAGCUCUUCUCUAAAGGAGCCCUGCACAAGGCCUGUGAGGUUUGGGAGGGUAUUCUGGCAGAACACCCCACAGACAUGCUGGCACUGAAGUUUGCCCAUGAUGGAUUCUUCUACCUGGGUGAACAGAUUCAGAUGAGAGACUCUGUGGCCAGAGUGCUGCCCCAUUGGAAACCGCAUAUGCCAUUCUAUAGUUAUCUGAAAGGGAUGUAUUCCUUUGGGCUUCUUGAGACUCAUUUCUAUGACGAAGCUGAAAAAAUGGCAAAAGAGGGCCUGGCUCUGACCCCUCAGGACGGUUGGAGUGUCCAUGCUGUGGCUCAUGUCCAUGAGAUGAAGGCAGAGGUGGACAAGGGCCUAAAGUUCAUGGCCUCUACAGAGAAAGACUGGGUGGUGUGUGACAUGUUGGCAUGCCAUAAUUACUGGCACUGGGCUCUAUAUCACAUUGAGAAGGGGAAUUAUGAAGCUGCUUUGAAGAUUUUUGAUGAGCAGGUUUCUCAGCGCUGUGUGAAGUCUGGAGCCAUGCUGGACACUGUUGAUGCUUGUUCAUUGCUCUACAGACUAGAGCUGGAGGGUGUGAGCGUGAAGGACCACUACCGAGAGCUGUUGCAGGUGACCCAGCCACACACAGAGGACCACACAUUACUUUUCAAUGACCUGCACUUCCUCAUGGUUUCCCUGGGUAGCAAGGAGACCGCCACCACUCAGCGCCUGCUGGAGAGUCUGCAGGAACUAGCUAAGUGAGCCGCACACAUUACAUAACCCACUCAAGAGAUUACAUUACAGCCAGGUUCUGCUCAGGGGUGGGAGCUUGUGGAGGCUGAGUUGUGGACAAAUGUAGCGUGUCUUCAGGCUCUGUAUGAGAUUUCUUAGAAAUUUCCCUGCUCCGGGGAAGACUGGCAUCCUCAAGGCUGAUGCGCUGCAUGCUUAUUUAUUCCAAUUUGUCAUUAUGGCCAA